UGACAGGAUGAAAUUUUUACUUGUUGUCCUCGGGCUUGCUUUGGCUGUCGCAGCCGAGGAGCCAAUUAGUCUCUUCUACCAUGAGACCAUUGGUAUCCCAGAAGCCGCACGCAUCAAGCGGGCUGAAGAAGCCCAGGACUUUGACGGAACUAGGAUUAUAGGCGGACAGGCUUCCGCCCUUGGAGCUCAUCCUUUUUUGGGUGGUUUAAUCACAACAUUGACAUCCGGUGGACAAUCCGUCUGCGGUUCAUCCCUAGUCACCAACAAUAAGCUCGUGACAGCUGCUCAUUGCUGGUGGGACGGCAGGAACCAGGGCCGUCAGAUAACUGUCGUCCUCGGAUCUAUCCGCAUCUUCUCUGGGGGUGUUCGCAUCAACACUAACAAUAUCCAAAUGCACGGAAGCUACAAUACCAAUAAUCUAAACAACGAUAUCGCUGUCAUCACCAUCAGCUGGGUUGGUUUUACGAAUAAUAUAAACCGCAUUAACAUUCCUUCUGGCAGCAACAGCUACGCCGGUACUUGGGCUACCGCUGCUGGUUUUGGAAGAACCAGUGAUUCCACCGCUAUUUCGCAAAGUCAAGCAUUGAGGCAUGUAAACCUUCAAGUUAUCACGAACAACGUGUGCGCUUCGACUUACGGUAACAGUGUCAUCAUCAGCUCCACUAUUUGUACCAGUGGUGCUGGAAAUAUCGGCACGUGCACUGGUGACUCUGGUGGUCCUCUCGCCUCUGGCAGUGGCAACAACCGUCAACUGAUUGGUGUUACAUCGUUCGUCGCUAGAGCUGGUUGCCAACGUGGACUGCCCGCAGGUUACGCAAGAGUUACCUCCUUCGCUUCCUGGAUUCGUGCACGCUUAUAGGCUUUGAAAAUAUAUCAAAUUAUUGAA